CAGGCGAGGUGCCAUUCAACUCAACGAGCCUCUAGCAUCCGUGCAUAGCUUCGCAGUGGCACCAAUAACACCUCAUACAGGUCUCCCGGAAACUCAGAAGAAGAAGAAGGACGUCAGCAUCCCGUCUUUUCCUAAGAUGUUGCUCUCUGCGUGGCAGUAUGACAGGCGGUGCUAGCUGAAGAGGCUGUCGGAGAGGAAAGGUAGAUUCAUCUUAAAACACAAGUUCCUCCUCAUCUGUCCAGUCUGGCUCCUGUUUCUCACACCGUACAUUUUCCGUAAUAACUGAACCAUAAAAACACCAUCAACAAGAAUGCUCCGCGCUGCAGUCAAGAUCUGAAGAAGCAGUCUGCCAUCUUUUCACCAAGCUACCAACCUGCUCCUCUCCCUAGGAGCUACUGCACAGACGGAAGAGCAGGAGUUGUAAACUCAGUCAAGGCUUUGAGGACUACAUCUGUCUGCUAAAACGUGUUGGUGGGAAGAGAGCAUUUUGAGGACUUCACUCAUUAGCCAGAGAAAUGAGUUCUUCAGAAGAGAUGCCAACAGCCAGAAGAAGACCUCAUCAGUGUCACCAGUGUGGGAAAUCUUUCAGUCGGAUUUGUAGUCUAAGAAGACAUGAAGUUGGUCACACUGUGGAGAAACUGUACCACUGUGAACAAUGUGACAGCAGUUUCAGCCAACUAAAUGCAUACAAGCUACACCUGCACACUCACACUGAAGAAACAUCACACUGCUGUGAACAAUGUGGGAGGCAUUUUAGUGACCAGACUUCAUACAGAAAGCACCUGCGUGACCACACUGGGCCAUACCAGUGUGACCAAUGUGAAAAGACGUUCAGUUACUUCAGUAUUUACAAGAUACACAUGCGUGUCCAUACGAAAGAAAAGCCUUACGGCUGUGACCAGUGUCCUAAGAGUUUUAGUUUUUUAAGUUCAUACAAGCGACACCAGCUGGGUCACAGCGGAGAGAAGCCUUACCAGUGUGACUUUUGUGGAAAAAGUUUCACGCAGUCGGGUCAUUUUAGUCUGCAUCUGCGGAACCAUACUGGGGAGAAACCCUUUGAGUGUGACCAAUGUCAAAAGAGCUUCAGUGACUUAAGUAGUUACAAGAUACACCUGCGUGUCCACUCAGGAGAGAAACCAUACUGCUGUAACCAGUGCGGGAGGAGUUUCUCUCAGUUAGGCAAUUACAAAUCACAUUUACGUAUCCACACUGGAGAAAAACCAUUCCGCUGUGAACUAUGCGAAAAAAGUUUCUCUAUUUCAAAAACAUACAAACAACAUGUGCGGACUCACACUGGGGAGAAACCAUACCAGUGUAAAGAAUGUGGGAAAGGGUUUGGCCGGCUAAGCAACUACAUGCGCCACCUGCGUAUCCACACUGGAGAGCAACCAUACAGCUGUGACCAAUGUGGGAAAUGUUUCAAUAGUUCAUAUAGUUACAGUCGACACCUACGUGUCCACACUGGAGAGAAACCAUAUUGGUGUUCACAGUGUAAGCGAUUGUUUACUCGAUCACAGUCCUUGAAGAAACACCGCUGUGUUCCAGUAGAUGAAGAGAGUUCAACUCUGUGUAACAAAGAAGCACAACUGAUGUCCUCAUUAACAGAACCAUCAGAACCCACAAACGACAAACAGCAACAAGCAACAAAAUAAACUAAAGUUAUUGUGUUUGUGUUCAUGGCAUUGAAGAACCAUGCCAACCACUGCAAGAGUGUGGCUUUUUUGUGUGUGUUUUUGGAAUUAACGUCAUAAAUUACAAAUGGAACCUGAUAUUCCAAAGACAGCACUUUGAGUACCAGUACGAGGUACCAGUGUCCCUGUUUAGGCUGAAGUUAUUUACCAUCUGAUUAUAAUGUCAUUAAAACACAACCUUGGGCCCAUCACUUACAAUACAACCCAUAAGAUUCCAAUACAUUUAUUAAACAUUUCUCUCAGCAUCACUGACAAACAACAACUUGGAUAUGAUUGAAUAUGUUUAAAACACGUUAUUCAAGCUUUAUGUGGUAAUUGAAAUGUCUGAAGUAUGUAUAGUUGUGUUAUUAUAAUUUAAUUAUUUGUUCUCCCAUAUUUGGAACUGUAUAAUAUACCGAAGAAUGUUGGUGGUGGAAUUGGUUUGUCCAGAUUACAAGAGCUUUAUGACUUCACCAAGUUUUGAGGCACCUGAGCCCUGUACUACGAAGCUGGAUUUGAUGGUUAACUUCAGCUCUAACCCUGGCUAGAUCACCAUGUUAUGAGAAACUAACCUGAUCAGGACCAGGUUAUGUUCUAGAUAAGAGAUCAGCAUCUAUAAAAGCGAAUGAGAUAUAAAUGUGAAUGUGUUGAGUCGUAACAUUACAUUUAUGCAGUGGUUCCCAAAGUUUUUCUACUGGGCCCCCCUUUUCUAUCUAAAAAAUACUACACCCCUACCCCCCCUAUGAUGUUUACUUGCAUAUGAAAAGCUAUAUAAUUCCUUUAAAACAUGACAUUAUCACAUUAUGUUUUAUGCUUUAAAAUUAUUUGCUGAUGUUCGUUUUAAACUGUCAGUAUUACAACUAAUAUAAUGCUGAUUAAAAAAAAUGUCUAUGUUGGCCUGAUAAUAGGCCCAACAAUAAUUUCAUUUUGAAGUGAGCAAAACGAAAAUACAUUUGGAUGUACUCCUCAUAGAAGAGGGCAGAACGCAAUAGUUGUUUUUUCGGGGGUAGUUGAGUCAAAUGAUGCUCUCAACACCCCUUUAUGUGAACAAGCACAGAGCCUGAAGAGAAAAGCCUGGUUAACUCAGCAAGUUGAUAACCACCUUUGUGAUACCACUGAUCUGUGACUGUGGUUGUUAGGCUUAGUGAAUGACACCAAGAUAUCCUGAUUAUGUUGAAGUUGCUUCGUAGUACAGGGCUAUGGUGUCAAGAUGUGGAAUGGUGCACGAAAUGCAGCAAACACAGCAGAGGGAUCCUACCCACACAAUGGGUGGCUAACAUCCUCCUAUCAUGGUGUGGCAUGCAUGUCUCCCAAUAGAAACCUGUUUCCUUGUCCAAGGUCAAUAUAUCUCUGUUCUGAAGUGUGUUUGAGUUGCUCACAGCAUUUAAAAAUACAUUUGUGUCAGGCUUCACUGAAAAAAAUAUACCUGUUAACUGGAAGUUCUGUGGAUUAUCCUACAGUGUUAUUUUCCUCAACCAACUGCAUGUGCAAUUUGUUAACCCAGAUGCUUUUGAAUAGUGUGCUGUAUGCAAUAGUUUUUAAUAAAGACUGCAAAUUCUGUUCACAACUAGA